AUGAGUUGUUACUUAUUUUUGUGCCUAAUUUUGGCACUUGGAUUUAAAAACAUCGACGGGUAUAAUCUAACAUCAGGUAACCAUAUGGAAGUAAUUCAGCCGCAGCUUUCAGAUGCUUUAACGGGCAACAAUACCUUCUCGUUCACCGAUUUAUUCAGUAAUAUCUACAUAAGUACAAGCCAACUCAAAGGAAAUGACACUUGCUCGCUAUCAUGCGCUAAUAUAAAUACUGUCGAGAAAUUAAAUUGCUUGAAAGAGGAGAAUUCAAAAGAUACCCAAUCCUUGCAAGUACCGGAAUAUUGUCCCGCAAAACCGUGCCACGGCCGAAUUCACAAAUGCUUCAUAAAGAACUAUGAAGAAUUCUGCGAACUCCCUCCCGGAGGAGGAAGAAGAUAUCAUUGGCUGUUAAGAAAUCCUACCGAAGACAUGCGGAAGAAUUGCCCUGGGCGAUUAGUCAAUAUGAUGACCAGAAGCAUAUGCUUAGACUGUUUUUGUCAGUGUUCUGAAGAGGGUGCACAAUCUACUGCUACAAGGACGGUCAGUUUCUUACAGCAGAGUGCAGAUGUAAAGAAUAACAUGGUUAUCUCAGACGUGAAGCUUAUCAAAGAAGACAACGUUGUGCAAAUUAAAAUUGAACAGGCUAAAUUGCUACCUCAAGGAAAGCUAGAUGAGAAAACUCGAGCCUGGGUCCCUGUUGACACUCUUAUCUACCAGCAGAAUGUAUCUGAAGGUGCUUUUUGGGCCUCAAGAAACAAUUCACGAGUUCCGUUGGUCAAAGACGUGGACUACACGUUUUUGAACUAUGAAAAGAGGCGUCUGAACCUGGACGAUGUGCUCGUGGACAAGGAUUGGAUUAUCACUGGAGUAAGGUUCAGAAACUCUGAAGACGGUGGACCGACUAGUUCCAUACAGAUCGAAGUAUCUAAGACUAAGUUUGACUACCAAACAGGACUUCUGUCUUCGGUUAAAGAAGAGCAGCAUGUACCCGUCGUUGCUAAUAACAUAACUCAGUCUCAUAACAGUCACUACCAUACAAACAGGUCCGCUAAGCGAGUAGUAAAGAGAAAGGCUCCAGCAGGUGACUUUACCACUGAGGUAAUUUCUUCACCAAAUCAGUACCUGGAAUUUAGAUUGGCCAAGAUGAUGAAUUUCAAUGAAUCAGUAGCACCGUUCUUGGACGCGCGUCCAGUAGCUGAAAAAAACGUGGUUCCUUAUUCUGGAAUUGGAAUUGUUUAUCGUAGCAGCCGCACUUUAAGCGGUACUCCAGGAGUUAUCUCACUACGACUGUUUGGCAUAGAUCAUUCAAAAUUUGACAAAAAGAUUGAAUAA